AUGACAAAGACCGCUCAUGCGCAGAGCCUCCUGGCCACUGAGGCACGCCGGGCUACUCGCCAUCGAAGCUGUGGUCCAACAUCAAGUCCUGACAUCUUGACUCUGGUGGUGGGAUCUGACAUCAGUCGCUGUCCCAACACCCCGCGGCCCACCUGCCGCGGCUACCUACAUAAAAGGACUCACUCCGGUUUUGUGAAGGGUUGGAGGAAGAGGUGGUUUGUGCUGAAGCAUGACGGCUGCCUCCACUAUUACAGACAUAAGAAGGAUGAAGGAAAAUGCUCGCCUCUGGAAGUAAUAAAAUUAGAAGGUGCAGAAGUUGGCAUGGAUAGCAGUUUGGGAAAACCAUUUGUGUUCAACUGUACGCCUCAGUCUGGAAAUAGGACUUUUUGCUUCUGUGCAACCUCAAACCAAGAAAUGAAAAGGUGGCUCCAGGCAAUGGACAAAGCAGCCCAUCCCGUCCGCCAGACCUAUGUGUGGGAAGAUGUUACUCUGCACAACAGUAGCCUCCCACCCCUGGCUAUCAAGAACCCAGAGUGCCUGGGCCUUUUGCACCAAUCGGACGGAAGCACAGAUAGGUGGGUCCAGCACUACUGCAUUCUGAAGGACGGCUGCUUGUACUUCUAUGCUAGCAUUCGCUCCACCCAGGCUUCAGGUGGCCUGUAUCUACAAGGAUAUAAGGUGAAUGAGCAGACCCUAAGCUUCAAGCAGUCAGUAAUUGAACUCGAACCUCCAUCUGAAGAGUUCAAGACUUUCUAUUUCUGCGCAGAGAAUAAGACAGAGAACCAACGCUGGAUUACGGCUCUGAAAGCAUCCAUCAAAAAGUGGGUUCCUUUGCAUCAGGCUAUUCAAGACUUCAUGAACCGACCUCUAGAGGAGACCAGAAUGUGAAAGAAACCCUCAUCUUCAGAGAAGGGGCCCACAGAUCAUCACCGAUCUGCUGUGGGAAGAAACAAAAGCAUUUUUUGUUAUAUAGCAUUUAACUGAAUGCUCCUCCGAUACACUAAAGCUUUGUGGUAAGAUCAUAACUUUGUUUUUGAACCAACGCACUAAAAUCUAAUCUAACAUUCAGGAAAUACAACUUACGUCAACAUCAUUAAUCCCCACCCCCCAUGUUUUUGCCCCUCAGGCUGCACAUGUUAGCAUCAAAAUAUAGUAUGUCCCAU